AUGGAUAUUGGAGACAAUGGCGGGGGCUUUGAAGACGAGCCCAAACAACAACUCAGAGCGCUGCCAGAUGACUUGCCGAAAUCCUUAGAUGACCGCAAGAAUAUCUCUUCUCACUUCACCCCGGAGACAGAGAUGUACGAUGCCUGGCAAGGACAGUCACAGUUCCUCACUACUCCGGCUUUGGCAAAGCCGCUGCAGUUUAACAGUCUCUCACUGGACGACCAUGAUUUCGACGACAGUCUGACGACAAAGCAGAUUGGGGAUAGCGAUACAAGGCUUAUGGAGAUGCUGGCUGCGCAGGCGGCGCACCGGGAUGGGUCCGCCUCCCAGGACGAGGAUGCGGUAGCUUCGGACGAUAAGCUUUCUGAGAGCGAGAAGAAGGAUAGCCUGCAGAAGCUGCUAAACAUGGCUGCUAGCAAUGGAGAUGUGGAUCGGAUAGAGCGGAUUUUGUCAGGGAAGGCCAAGGACUUUGUGGAUAUCGAUGCCCCUGAUGAGGAGGGGACGGCUCCGUUGAUCUAUGCCAGCUGUUUUGGCCAUGAGGCUGUGGUUACUGCUCUGCUGGAUGCAGGGGCUAAACUCGACAUCCAGGACAGGAACCAGUGGAGUGCGUUGAUGUGGGCGAUGAGCAACCGGCAUACGGUGAUUACGAAGAUAUUGCUGGAGAGGGGUGCUUCUACGAAGGUGAAGUCUUCCUCUGGUAGGACUGCUUUCGAUUUCGUGGCUCCGGAUAGCGAGAUAUCGGAUUACCUGCACGACAAUGGAUAUGGGAACCAAAUUGGAAGUGUUGGAGUCACGGAUGACUUCUACAAUCCUGGAUUUUCGCAGGAUCGAUUCGAGGAGGAGAUGGCUGAGAAUGAGUUGAGGAGACGCAUGAUGAUGGAGAGUGCUAGAGACUUGGAGGUUGAUCUGGGGAACAUGGGGAUUGAUGAUCAACCCGAAUCGCCAGCAGAUCUCGAGGAGGAUGCACAAGAAUUUGACUGGAAUAGAUGUCUACACGAUCAGAUGUUUGUAUUCCAAGAGAGCGAGCUAAGCCGCAUUCUGGAUGUUGUUAUCACGAACAUGACUCCGCAACGCUCGCCAUCCCAAAAGCCUGUUCCAGCGAACAUCUUGUUCCUCAGCGCUCGCUAUGCUCAUUAUCAUGCCAAUCAGGAUCUUCUCGCGAAACUCUUGAUCACUGCUAUGGACAAGAUCAACGACGUAGUUGAGACGCAUCAGUGGGACAUGACGAUUCUGGCAUUUUGGAUAUCGAAUGCUACUUUGUUGCUGCACUAUCUGAAGAAAGAUGCCGGGCUAGCGCAAUCGACUUCAGAGUUUCAGCUUCAGCUGGCUGAACUCAUCAACGAAAUUUUCAUUCUGAUUAUCAGAGAUGCAGAGAGGAGAAUGGACAAGGUUCUUGAUCCGGCUAUGCUGGAUCACGAAACCAUCCCAGGAUUUGAAGACAUUGCAUUUCAGAAUGAGUGGAAAAUAUUCAAAAGAAAGAACCAUGUGAAAGAAGUACCAGUCGAAAAGAGAUUUCGUCCGCCUUCGCCGAAAGCCAGAGCAAAACCAUCGCCGAGAAACGUCACUUCCCUACUGUCGUCUACUCUUUUUGUGCUGGACCUAUAUGAUAUCCACUCAGUCAUCACAGCUCAAAUACUGGCACAACUGCUGUACUGGCUUGGGGCUGAACUGUUCAACCGCAUCAUGUCAGACCGCAAAUACCUGGCUCGCACCAAAGCUAUGCAAAUUCGAAUGAACAUUUCAAGUCUGGAAGAUUGGUCGCGAUCAAAUAACCGGCAACCUGAGCACUACGAGCAUGGAUCCAUGACCUCAAGUGGCGAGCCUACUUUCGAAUCUGGACGCCAUCAUUUGGCACCCCUUAUCCAGCUCUUACAGUGGCUGCAGUGCUUCUCGUCAUUAGUGAAUGACGACUUCGAAGGCCUUGUCGGUACGCUGCAGCAACUUACACGACUAACACCACAGCAGCUGAUCCAUGCUGCGAAACAUUACCGACCCGAAGUUGGGGAGAAGGGCCUCCCGAAGAGCGCAAUGAAGUACCUGCUGAACCUCCAGAAGGAGACACAAUUGCGCAGAGAGCAGCAGAGAAGCAGGCGGCGGGAACCAGGGCCCCCAACUACACCAGUUAAGAGUAAUGGGCAUCAAAUACCCGACACCCCCGACUCGACUGGAAAAGCCCUACCGCAAGAUGUGCAACAAGAGGAUGAAGACGAUGCACCAGAGCAUCUUCUUCUUGACCCCUCCCUCAUGCUCCCCUUCUCCCUGCCGACCAGCACCGACAUGCUCGUCAGCUACGGCGCUGGCUUUGGCGGCCUCAACCGCGAACGAGAGCGCAAGUACAUACCUACGGUCCCAGCCGAGUUUCUCGCGAAAUUAGACUUGGGCGGUGGGCGAGCACAGAGCACGUACGAGGAGCGAGACUGGGAGAACGAGGAUGUGUUUUUUUCCAAGGACCUCCCUUACCGGACCCUCCUCCGCUCCUUACCCGACCCCAGUAGCCCUUCACUGUUGUGCUCGGACCACCCCCAUCAUUACGUACCGUUAAGAUUCAGCGACUCAGCGACUCAGCGACUCAGCCUGGCCAUGCGGAGCAGUAUCGACAAGAGAUGCGCGAGGUCUCCUACCUGCACCAGCAAUCCUCCUUCCUCUAUUCCCCAGAAGACCCUUAAUGCGUCCAUCCUCAAGCCCUCCCCAACCACGCCCACACGCUCAGAUAACGGCCUCAUAACCUUGCGAUACGAGGAGACGACCGCCGGCAAAUCCCCUAUCGCGGUCACCAUCGCACCGCCGCGCGCACAUCCCACCGACACGGCGCUGCGACGACCACUGAGCGGGGCAGACGGUGCGAAAGAUCAAGAGGGAAAGCGUGAUUCAGGCCUCGCGUCGACAACAACAACAAGCUCAAAGGCGAAAGAGGACAGUGCGAACACAGCGGGCCCGUUUGCAGAGAAGCAGCACCCACUGGGCCUUGUGAUUGACUUUGAUGCGAACCGUAUAACAAGCCCGGUGCUGCAAUCGCCUAUUAGCAUUAUUGCGCCGUCAGACAAAUCAAAGAAAGUGAAGAAGAGCAUGAGUAUGGGAUCGAAUAGCUUGCGCUGGAGACCGAGACCAAGAAAGAGGGGUGCAACGGUAGACAAGACGUCUAAAGGGGGAAUGUUUGUGCCACUGACCGAGUCGGUGCCGAUACCAACAGAUAAUUUGCUGGAUGACGAUUUCCUUAAUACGCUGUCAUUUUCCAAGAGAGGGAGUGUUAUGUUAGGUGGGAAGAAAGCCGUGAACGUCGAUAGACACAAGCGUGGACGUGGACCACCGAGCCUCUCGAUGCUGAUUCCACCAACUAUCAAAAUACUUUCAGAGGAUGUAGAGAAAGAAUCGCAGAAGGUACGGUCGAUGUAUGAACAAGGCUCAAAUAUGGAAUGGGAAGCAGGAGCGCAGUCGGGGAUCAUUGAGCGUAUGAAAACUAGCCAAGUUUCGACUGAAGCUGAGGCAUUCAAGACCAACGGCCUUUUGAGUCCUGCCAGUAGCUCUUUGACAAGACCUGAAAGCGCCAUCUCUUUCAGACAAGAGUUUGAGCUGGCUGGAGGGAUUGAAGAUUGGGAGGAUGUGGACGGAAAUGAUGUUGACCGCUAUGGCUUUAUUGAUAUGCGCCGCAAGAACUCGAGACCUGGUACCCCGGAGCCGAGGCCCCCACAACGAGUCUCUACCGUCCUGCAACUAGCUUCUGAGGCACCAAGAAAAAGACGAAGCUUCGGGCGAACUUCUUUAAAUGUAACGAGGAGGGUAUCAAACAAGCGAACAGCGAGCCGCAAGGUCUCCGCCAGAUCUUUGAGGACCGUGUCUUCGAGCGCUUCUCAGAAAAGCAUAAGCAGAAUCAGAUCAGCUACCAAUCUACUCCCUGGUAAUCAGGACAGAAGAUUCAUGGAUGAGGCAGGCGACAUGCUCACUCUCCCCCCUGGACUAGCCGACAUUGCAGAAGACGAGGAGGGUGGAAAGCAUGCCGAGUUUCUCAAGCAGAAGGAAUGGGAACGAGCGGAGAAGUGGAGAAAGAUGGCAAAGACUGUCAAGACCGGCAAGGACGGUCAAGGAAUGGCUUUCGAGUUUGACACUUCAAGCCCGAAGCUGAUUGAGCGGACUUGGAAGGGCAUACCUGACAGAUGGCGUUCUGCAGCCUGGCACUCGUUUCUGAGCUCCUCUGCCAAAAAGAGAAAUGACAGUGUGACUGACGAGCAGAUCACCCAAGCUUUCUACAGUCUGUUAAACAAGAGCUCUGCCGAUGAUCUCCAGAUCGACCUGGAUGUCCCGAGGACAAUCAACAGCCACAUCAUGUUCCGAAGACGGUAUCGAGGGGGUCAGCGAUUGCUGUUCCGCGUUCUUCACUGCCUGUCACUGUACUUCCCGGAGACAGGCUACGUUCAGGGAAUGGCAUCUCUAGCUGCUACGCUUCUCUGCUACUACGAUGAGGAAAUGGCUUUCGUCAUGCUGGCUAGAAUGUGGAGAUUGCGAGGACUCGAUAAGCUGUACGAGGCUGGCUUUGACGGACUCAUGGCCGCUCUUAACGAGCUUCAGACUGAGUGGUUGAAUGGUGGCCCCGUCUCUGCAAGACUCGAUGAGAUGGAAAUCGAGCCAACCUCCUACGGCACCCGCUGGUACCUGACCCUCUUCAACUAUUCCAUCCCCUUCCCAUCCCAACUCCGCGUCUGGGACGUCUUCAUGCUCCUCGGAGACCCCGACUCCUCGCUCUCCCUCACACCCGAACGCCCCUUCGCAGGUGGUCUGGACAUCAUCCACGCUGUCAGCGCCGCACUCAUCGACGGCACCCGCGACAUCCUGCUCGACAGCGACUUCGAGAACGCGAUGAAGGUCCUGACGAGCUGGAUCCCAGUUAAGGACGAGGAACUGCUGAUGAGAGUUACGCGGGCAGAAUGGAAGUUGCAUCGGGGCAAGAAGCGUUGA